AUGAAGCAGAAACGCUGGUGUGGGAUGACUGCCAAAACGGGCACCGUGUUAUCAGGGGUCUUUACCAUCAUAGCCACAUACAUGUACCUCAUCUUUGAACACAAGCACAUGAGGAGCAGCGACUGCACUGAGAUUAACCUAAGUGCCAAGAGUGUGAAUAUCCUGAUAAGUCAGUUCAUCGCGUGUUGGAGUUGGAACAUUGUCCUUUUCCUGUCUUGCAUCACCUUCAUCAUCAGCUGCUUGCUCCUGUACUCAGUAUAUGCCCAGAAGCACAGGGGCUUGGUGCUCUAUUUAAUCUGGAUCUUUUUCAAUGAAGCCAUAAACAUUAUAGUACAAAUCCUAACCAACAAUAACACCAACAUUGGAGAAGUCAAAGUCAUGCGCUGGUUUGGUUUAGUGUCCCGUAUAUCCAUGCAUUGUUUCUGGACGUUCUUUGUCAUGACUUAUGCCCAGAUAAUCUACAAAAGUAAAAGCCAGGGCAAUAUCAUUUCCUACAACAUACGUACAUCUAUAGGCAACAGAGAUUUUCCACGGCGGAAAUCAAAGAUAAUCAGCCUUUCCCGCCACUAUAAUGAAUAA